UUGCAAUUCACGAUACUCUUCGCUCGUAAUUAUUUUUUCGAAAAGCCAAUUCAAAUCGUAAAGCCCAACGCCUCGCACACUGGUUUAGAAGUUAUUGAAAAAAAUUUAGAGCAUUUAUUACAAAUUAAAGAGCCUUUAGCUAUAAUUGCUGUGGUGGGUCCAUACAAUUCGGGGAAGUCUUUUCUUUUAAAUCAAUUAGCCGAAGAUAAUACAAAAGGUUUUCAAGUAGGUUCUCACGUAGAUCCAGAAACGAUGGGAAUUUGGUUGUGCGGCGGAAAAAUUCGCACUUUAAAAGAUGGAACAAAUGCUUCUGUUUUAUUUCUUGAUUCUGAAGGCUUCAACUCCAAUCAAGCAAGUCAGCACUACGAUAGUCAAAUCUUCGCUGUUUCUGCUUUACUUUCGUCGCUUUUGAUUUAUAAUACUGUGAAGAUAAUUGAUCAAUCAGCGAUCGAUUAUUUGGAAUUAUUGACCACUCAGGCGCAGAUGUUUUCUUUCAAUACUCAAUUACACUCAGAAGAUGGGGAUUUUGAUAUGAAUAUGGUUAAGUUUCCUCCACUUUUGUGGGUAGUGCAAGAUUUUUUCCAGGAAACGGGAAGCGAAACUCCCCAAGAAUGGCUUAAAAGAUUGCUAGAGUCUCAAAAAGAACAGAAUUUACGACAGCUGACUAAGCUUUUUCCUGCGGUGGAUUGUCACACUUUAUUUUUGCCAGCAGUUGAAAAAGAUUUGCUUAACGACUUAUCAAAAUCUAAAGAUUCGGAUUUAACGGCAGAAUAUAAGGAAGGCAGAAAUUCACUUAAAAAAAAUAUUUAUAAACUUUUAGCCGCUAAGAAAAAAAGAAUUUAUCUUUCGGUCAAAUCAGAUAGCUCCACAGACGACUAUUCUUACGUGAACGGGCCAACAUUUGUUACUUUGCUUAAACUUUUAAUAAAAGGGACCAAUGAAGGGCGUUUAGCUGAAGUUCCUUCCGUCUGGAAGCAAUUCAUAAAAAAACAAGCCAAUAUCACUAAAGACCAAUGCUUUGAUUAUUAUAUGAAGUACAUUGAAUUCUCCAACCAGCGGCCUCCUAUGGUGAAGAGCGACAUUGAAACUAAAAAUAAUGAUGUAAAGAAAAACGCGUUGUCUUUACUCAAAGACUUGACGUUGGGGCUCGAAGAUAAGCAAGUGGCACGUGUCGCUGCGCAGUUAGAAGAAAUGAUCGACAACGCGUGGAAAGGCAUUCAAACAGAAUACUACAGAAGUGUAGAAGAUUUUUGUAGUGCGCAAUAUCAAACUCUUUUGAAUCAAUUUGUGCAGAAUUUCGAUGCAAAGUUGCCCAUGGAGACGGCCGCUUUAAAACCUCAACUUGAAGUUCAGCGAGAAAGUUUAGAACAAUUAUUUGAUGAACAUUUAAGUCAAUAUAGUGACGUUCCUGGAUUUAAUAAAAUAUUGAAUGAGUUUAAAGAAAAACUUGAUUAUGAAAGUGCUCGCCUAUUUGAAUUAAAUAAAAAAAAGCUGCAAGAAGUGUUUUCCUCGGCGGUAAAUUUUUCUGUUGAGGUGUACAAACAUUUUAUGAGCGAAUCCAAAAGCAGUAAUAAUGCGCGGCCCCAUAAAAUUAUAAAAGAACAGAAUUCAAUGGCUCAGCAAAAGGCUCAACUUCACUUUAAAAAUCUUGUAAAAGGCUACGAAAAAGAAGAAGGCGUUUACAACUCCUUCAAGUUAUUAUUGAAUAAACUUGAAGGUGAAUGGGAUCAUUACGAAAAAAUUAACACCGAACUAUCAUUGGUUGAACUGCAGCAUGAAAUGUUGAAAAUUAUUGAGUCGUUGCAAAUUCGAUUCGAAAAUGAACUCGAACUUCCCGCGAGCAUGACAUAUUUAGAAACUUUUUUGAAAAAUAUAACCAUUCAAGCAAGAGAUGACUUUCUCUUUUUUGUUGUAAAAGGUUCGUAUGAUAUCGAGUCUAUUAUUAAAACGGUCACCGAACAAAUGGAAAUAAAAAUGCGAAGUAUUAUCAAAGAAAUUCGUGAGAAAAAUAUUUCACUUAUAAAAGAACUUAUAAUGAAUCACUGCCUAACGGGCACUACAGGAGAAAAUAUAAAAAGUUUAAAACAGUCUUCUUAUUGGUGGCUUCCAGAGUUUAUUCCUUCCUCCCCGAAAGAUAAAGCUGUUCAGUUGUGCUUAAGUGCACUAAAACGUGAAAAUCAUUUUUCUUUAUCUCCCAGCCAAAUGAGAGAAAUUGCUGUGUGGGUUAUUGAUAUGCAGUUUCAAAAUAAAACUAUUGAGCUUCUCAUUUUCAUUUUUGGUACCAUUUUUUUGGUCGUCGUCGUGAAGUUGUAUAUCGAUAGCGUCACAGCAAAAAGAAAACUCGACUCUCCUGCUUAUCGAAUGAAAGCAUUUCCUCAGCCAACACGUAGAAGUUUUUUGCAGAAUUAAU